CCCCCCGGUACUGCUGGCUGCCUGAAACGAGGAAACAAAACGGUAAAGCCAGUGACAUUCCGCUUAAAAGCCACCAUCAAAAGGAUUGCAUCUCCCUUGCCAACCACUAUUGCAUCGUACAGUACAAAAACAAAGCCAACGCCCUUCCACUGCGUUCGUUCAUUCUUCUAUUGUACACCACAAUAAAACCACGCAUCGUCUCGCCGACGCCCGUCCGGAAAAUCACAAGCGGCCUUUGCGCUGAGUCCAUUGUUCCGACGACCACACCACCCCCCAAACACAAUCAAGCACUGUCCGGUUACGUGUCCAGCACACACACGCCCCAGCAAAAGCCAAAAAUAAAGUAACCAAGGCCAAGCUCUGGUACCCGCCUUGGCCUCCCCCAAAGCAACACUUCCGUCGUACCACACUGUGACGGUACACCAACAAAGACCUCGGGACCUGUCUCCGAUCCUAGCACUCGGUACCUUGCACCACAAGGGUACCUCGUUUCCCCCAAACAAAAAAAGUUAUUUACAUACCGUCCGCCCUUACCCCAGGCACACGACCUUUUCUUCUUUUUACUCAUUCAUACGAAACGAAUACCCUCAUCACAACUGCGUUACUCCUAUUCAACUGAUAAAGGCUUGUUACAUCCAUACAGCCACCUACUUAACAGUCACGCCCAUCAGCACCUGUUAAACAUGUCCAUUGUUAUUCAACCUUCACCUACCCGACCCUACGAUUUGACCAUGCAGAUCAACCAGUGCACAUAUCUCUCGAGGACACCGUCAUCCCAGGACCUCAUGUCUGGGCUGAGCGCUUCCUUCACACCACAGCAGACAGAGCGACCUGCUACCCCGGUGCAUGGCAUCUUCGAAGAUGAUUACAUUGUGCCAGCACCACCUCCACCUACUCCAGUCAGCUUUAGAAACGAAGGCUGGCCCAAGCCUACCAGCCGCACCUGAUCAUCGAAGCAUCGAUGAUUACGGUCGUGAAUCGGACCGAGACAUGCUGCAUGUCGUGUAUUUUAGUUUUAGAGCACUGGGAACUUCUACCGGGGACAUAAUGAACAGAAACAAAAGCAAAAACUAGCAACGGAGAAUACUUUGAUACAGGAAAGGUCAAUGACUGGCUCAUUUUCUUUGGUUAUAUAAUAUGGUUAGGCAAUGGAUUAGAGCAAUUUGUCGCUAAUCAGGGUCGCCCAAAAUGCAUCCCGUCA